AUGGAUACCAAUCCGCCUGAAACACUUCAAACCCUCCUCACGUAUGAGAAAACGCCUGGUCAAGCACAAAGAUUUCUCGCUCGCGUGGGCAAGAACUUCAGGUGGCCCUCCUCAAUGCCAGAAUACCUCAGAAGUGGUGCCUUCGAGAACAUCGCUGAUGUUGAUUUCGAAUUCGAUGAUGAGGUCGGAUUUAACCUCUUAUUUUUCUACAACGCACUCGACAGUGGCGAAUUUUCUGAACAUGAAAACGACAAAGAUCUGAAAAUGGCAACGACUACAAGGUUUGAAUACGUAUUUGAUCAUAGGGUCAGAAUUCGUGUCAAAAGACCCAGGGAAGGUUUAAUUGCUCUACUUGAGUACGAUUAUUAUGACAUCGAUAAUAACAACAAGAAGUAUACAUGCGUGGUUGAUACAGGUGCGCCACAAACAAUCUUACAAUUUUAUAUUAAGCAAACGCUUGGGAAAAAGGGCUGGAGCACGCUUUAUUCAAUAGCUGGAGGUUACGGGGCGCCUGCAAAACAAUACUCUGCAUCUCGGAUGUUUGAAAUAUCUAUUGGCGAUAAUGAUAAUUGGUCAAAAUGGGUUCAAGCCAAAAUUGCAGUCUGGGAAAAAGAACCCGGUGAUCAAGUGGCAUAUGCCCUUGUUGGUAACGAUGUUACUGACCAACUAGCUUAUGCACAUGAACCGGGACAAUCAAUCAAGUUUUUAGAUCCUCAAGAUGAACCCAAUCUCACCCAGUUUUUGAGUGAAUGUGCUUGA